UAAUACAGUACUUUGAUUCUCUUUUCCUGAAAAAUUAUCCCACACGAAGAAAAAACAUUUUGUUUACGAGAGCUCAAUGAUUUGGUAAGUGUGCCCAAGAAUAUCUACCGAAGCCUUGGCUGAAACACCCAUAGGCGACAACAAAAACAAUUGCCAAAUUUGAUAUCUCUUCUUCUUCUUCUUCCCCUUAAUCGCAAACUUUUUUCAGUAUCAAACUCACAAAAUGCUCACUUCCCUCUUCAAAACCCGCACCCAGAACCCCCUCAUCCACUCCCUCAAAACCCGCACCCAGAACCCCCUCAUCCACUCCCUCAAAACCCUCGCCACCACGACCUCCACCGCCUUCAAACCCUCCAAAGACGACUACUUUGCCGCCAUCAAUCACGUCGCCAACAUUGUCCGCCAUGACAUCUACCCUGAACGCACCCUCUCCAAACUCAAUCUCACCCUCACCUCCGAGCUCGUCUUCCGCGUCCUCCGCGCCUGCUUCACCUCCCCCUCUGAGUCCCUCCGCUUCUUCACCUGGGCCCGGGCCCACUAUUCCCCCACCUCCCUUGAAUUCGAACAGCUCAUCAAAACCCUGGCCCAUCAUAAACGCUACCAAUCCAUGUGGAAAAUUUUUGAACUCAUGAAAAAAUCUCAUCUUUCUCUCAGUUCUGAAACCCUUUGUUUUGUUGUUGAAGAGUUUGGUAAACAUGGGUUGGUUGAUAAUGCUGUGGAGAUUUUUAACAAGUCUGAGGUUUUUAACUGUGAAAAGUCUGUUGCUUUGUACAAUUCUUUGUUGUUUGCUUUGUGUGAGGUCAAGUUGUUUCAUGGAGCUUAUGCGUUGAUUAGGAGGAUGGUGAGAAAAGGGGUUGUGCCUGACAAGAGGACUUAUAUGAUUCUUGUGAAUGCUUGGUGUUCUUCUGGGAAAUUGAGGGAGGCUCAAGAGUUUUUACAGGAGAUGAGUGAUAAAGGGUUUAAUCCGCCCGUUAGAGGGCGUGAUUUGUUGAUUCAAGGGUUGUUGAAUGCCGGGUAUUUGGAGUCUGCAAAGCAAAUGGUGAGUAAAAUGAUUAAACAAGGAUUUUUACCUGAUAUAGAGACAUUUAAUUCAUUAAUUGAGACGAUUUGUAAAUCUGGGGAGGUUGAGUUUUGUGUUGAUAUGUAUUAUAAUGCGUGUAGAUUAGGUUUAUGUGUGGAUAUAAAUACGUAUAAGAUCUUGAUUCCUGCAGUUUCGAAAAUAGGUAUGAUUGAUGAAGCUUUUAGAUUGUUGAAUAACUUGGUUGAGGAUGGUCACAAGCCAUUUCCGAGCUUGUAUGCUCCAAUAAUUAAGGGCAUGUUUAGGAGGGGGCAGUUUGACGAUGGGUUUUGUUUUUUUAGCGAGAUGAAAAUCAAAGGGCAUCCACCCAAUAGGCCGGUUUAUACAAUGUUGAUAACAAUGUGUGGUCGUGGGGGGAAGUUUGUGGAUGCGGCAAAUUAUUUGGUGGAGAUGACUGAGAUAGGGUUGACACCGAUUUCUAGGUGCUUUGAUAUGGUUACUGAUGGUUUGAAGAAUUGUGGGAAGCAUGAUCUGGCUCAGAAGAUAGAGCAGUUGGAGGUGUCUAUUCGGUCUGUUUGAUGUGUGUGGAAUGGCUAUUGAAGGACGAUGCCUUUUAUUGUAUGCCAUUUGGGCUCAAGAAUGAUCCAUAUCGAACUGCAGUAUAAUCAGGAGGAAGCAGAAUGAAUCUUUGUUGGAGAACCAAUGUAAAACUGGUGUUAUGUUUAUGAAGCUUUUUUUUCCUAGUGUGUAUAUUGUACAAGAAUUUCACUAUGCUUUAAACAAAUAUGCUCAACUGGUGAUUCAGUCAAAAUGAUUAAGUUUUUUGAUUGAUAGAGUAUGUACUUGGGAACGCAAUAAUUUGGUGGAUGACAGUCUUUACUCAGACUGUAUUGUUUUUAGAUGGAAUUCGUUGUGAGAGUCAAUUAGAUUGGAAAAGAUUUAUGUGAGUCUUUACCCAUGAUUAUUGUAGCACUAGUCCUGUUAUGAGAGAUAAUGCAGUCAGAGGUUAGAAGGGUUUGGUGUACUGUUAAAGUAUUUAUUGUUGAGCUUUUUGUUUCCAAAGUUAUCUAUUGCCUGAUGUAUAACCUUUUUGCCCGAUAUACUUACAGUGUUCUUAGUGUAAUAUCCUGUGACUUGCAAAUAAAUCUACUUUUGGUCAUUACAUAUUGUUCUAUAAACUCUCUAGUAAUUCUACUGCUCUUUUGCUCUUUGGUUGAGUACCCACUCAACUGUGGCAUCACUAAUUUGAAAUAAGCAAAAUUUUUUUUUUCUUAUAUCUUUUACAAGGCAGUAACUUUAGUGCCUUGUUCUCACUUCCUUUGGUAUUUAGUUGAAUAGGGAAAAAUUUGGUUAUUUAGUUGUUGAUGACUUGUUGCUGGAACGUGUUAACAAGAAUAUACUCAGCUUGGGAGAUUAUGCCACUUUGUCUGAAGUGGAAUCUUUAAGGAAUAAAAUUUCUGAAU